GCAACAACCACAGCAGCAGCAAUCAACUCGACACUAGAAGUAGUACAGCAGUAGAACACAGUAGCCAUGUCCGGAGGAAUCAAUGAAGCGACGUUGCGUCGCCUACAGCAGCGCUUAGUACUAGAAGGCUACAAAGACCCCAGCGAUGCUGGCAGUGAUACAGUCCGCAGUAGCCCCGAAGAAGCCGACCCUGCCAAACCGGAGGAACCACCGCAGCAACCACACGUGAUUCGACCGCACAUGGAUGAAGCCGAACGACUGCGGGAACAACGAGAAGAAGAACUGUUGGCGCAAUAUCGGAGGGACCUAGAACGACGCCGCGAGUCCAGUGAUCGACGCUCGACAUCUAUCACGGACGAUCAGACGAUGACCGACAGUGAGAUCGCCGAGCUAACGCAACAAUUUGGCCAACAAGCCGAAGCAGCCCUGUGGCAGUGCGAGUGCGGACACGAGUCUCCGUUGGAACACAACUUUUGCGGAGUCUGCGGAUUGAGUCGACCGGUCGAUUGGUGGUGCGAGAAUUGUCAAAUUGAGAAUCCGCACUUUCAUCACUUUUGUAGUCAGUGCGGUGCGCCCGAUUUGGAGUAUGAAGACAUGUCCGCAGCUCGCCGCAUCGCACCGCCCACGACCAUUCUACAUCAUCCAUCGGGAUGCGAAGCGUCCGUUCUUACAGAAGACGCCGAAAUUGAACGAGCGGUCGCCCGCAUGACACUGGCAGACCAACGACACCAUCCGCAGCCAUGGCCCGAUGAGGAAGAUGACGGAGUCACGUUUGCCGAUGAUGCGAAUGAUAUGGUCUCACGAGCCAUGUCACGACAACAGCAGCCGGAGGACGCGACGUUGCGUCGCCUGCAGCAGCGUUUAGUAGAAGAGGGCUACAAAGACCCCAGCGUCGCUGGCAGUAAGCAACAACAACAACCACCACCAAAGCCCCAGGGAUGGUCCUGUGGCGUCUGUACGUAUCACAACGAAAACCAAAACUUUUUGUCGUGUGAAAUGUGCGGAUCCCAUCGACCGGCAUCGCCCACCAACGGACUUGCACCGCAGGAAGAAGAACCACCGCUGCCAGCGCAACAACAUCAACACCGACGACGACCAUCGUUGGGAGCCGCGUCCAAGGAUAGCGACAAGAAAGAGAUGCGCUUUACGGAUUUGUUGCGACGACAAGCAGAUGGAGGAGUUGGACAGCCGCCCAUUCCUAGCACUACCGGACAACAACAAGAGCAACUAGCAGGAGCGGACAACGAUUUGGAACUCGCCAUGAUUUACGCACAACAAGAACGAAUGUUGGCCGAAUUCCAAAAUCAAGGAUUCUAAUCCAAUCUACCUACAAUACAUACGAUACGCUCAACUUGGGACGAGGCAAUCUAAAUACAAAGAAAAGAAAUCGAAUACACGGCAAGUAUCGUAUUCUGUACUGUAACCAUUAAUAUUAUCUAAUUACGAAAUAAGAGAGGGUACUAGCUAG